AUGAUUGUCCCAGUUAGAUGUUUCUCCUGUGGUAAAGUUGUUGGUGACAAAUGGGAAAGUUAUUUGAACCUGUUACAGGAAGACGAGCUAGAUGAAGGUACCGCGUUGUCAAGAUUGGGCCUGAAAAGAUACUGUUGCAGAAGAAUGAUUUUAACCCACGUCGAUCUCAUUGAGAAGUUUCUAAGAUAUAACCCACUGGAAAAGAGGGAUUAG